CACACACACGCACAGACACAGACAGACAGUUUUUUUGUGUUUGUGCUGGGUUGGAUUAAAAGCCUGCACACCGUGUUAGCAGGGAUUUGAACAAUACACCACUGCACUCAUAGCACUUAGAACCCUGUUCACAACUGUAACCAUGUGUUACUAUGUUGCUACAACAUCUGGCUGAUAGUAUCAUAGUGGUGUCAGGGCAGUGUGGUCUAUAUAUCUGGCUGAUAGUGGUGUCAGGGCAGUGUGGUCUAUAUAUCUGACUGAUAGUGGUGUCAGGGCAGUGUGGUCUAUAUAUCUGACUGAUAGUGGUGUCAGGGCAGUGGUCUAUAUAUCUGGCUGAUAGUGGUGUCAGGGCAGUGUGGUCUAUAUAUCUGACUGAUAGUGGUGUCAGGGCAGUGUGGUCUAUAUAUCUGACUGAUAGUGGUGUCAGGGAAGUGUGGUCUAUAUCUGACUGAUAGUGGUGUCAGGGCAGUGUGGUCUAUAUAUCUGACUGAUAGUGGUGUCAGGGUGAUGUGGUCUAUAUAUCUGGCUGAUAGUGGUGUCAGGGCAGUGUGGUCUAUAUAUCUGACUGAUAGUGGUGUCAGGGCAGUGUGGUCUAUAUAUCUGACUGAUAGUGGUGUCAGGGAAGUGUGGUCUAUAUAUCUGACUGAUAGUGAUGUCAGGGCAGUGUGGUCUAUAUAUCUGACUGAUAGUGGUGUCAGGGCAGUGUGGUCUAUAUAUCUGACUGAUAGUGGUGUCAGGGCAGUGUGGUCUAUAUAUCUGACUGAUAGUUAUGUCAGGGCAGUGUGGUCUAUAUAUCUGACUGAUAGUGGUGUCAGGGCAGUGUGGUCUAUAUAUCUGACUGGUAGUGGUGUCAGGGCAGUGUGGUCUAUAUAUCUGGCUGAUAGUGGUGUCAGGGCAGUGUGGUCUAUAUAUCUGGCUGAUAGUGGUGUCAGGGCAGUGUGGUCUAUAUAUCUGACUGGUAGUGGUGUCAGGGCAGUGUGGUCUAUAUAUCUGACUGGUAGUGGUGUCAGGGCAGUGUGGUCUAUAUAUCUGACUGAUAGUGGUGUCAGGGCAGUGUGGUCUAUAUAUCUGACUGGUAGUGGUGUCAGGGCAGUGUGGUCUAUAUAUCUGACUGGUAGUGGUGUCAGGGCAGUGUGGUCUAUAUAUCUGACUGGUAGUGGUGUCAGGGCAGUGUGGUCUAUAUAUCUGGCUGAUAGUGGUGUCAGGGAAGUGUGGUCUAUAUAUCUGACUGGUAGUGGUGUCAGGGCAGUGUGGUCUAUAUAUCUGACUGAUAGUGGUGUCAGGGCAGUGUGGUCUAUAUAUCUGACUGAUAGUGGUGUCAGGGCAGUGUGGUCUAUAUAUCUGACUGAUAGUGGUGUCAGGGCAGUGUGGUCUAUAUAUCUGACUGAUAGUGGUGUCAGGGCAGUGUGGUCUAUAUAUCUGACUGAUAGUGGUGUCAGGGCAGUGUGGUCUAUAUAUCUGACUGAUAGUGGUGUCAGGGCAGUGUGGUCUAUAUAUCUGACUGAUAGUGGUGUCAGGGCAGUGUGGUCUAUAUAUCUGACUGAUAGUGGUGUCAGGGCAGUGUGGUCUAUAUAUCUGACUGAUAGUGGUGUCAGGGCAGUGUGGUCUAUAUAUCUGACUGAUAGUGGUGUCAGGGAAGUGUGGUCUAUAUAUCUGACUGAUAGUGGUGUCAGGGCGGUGUGGUCUAUAUAUCUGACUGAUAGUGGUGUCAGGGCAGUGUGGUCUAUAUAUCUGGCUGGUAGUGGUGUCAGGGCAGUGUGGUCUAUAUAUCUGACUGGUAGUGGUGUCAGGGCAGUGUGGUCUAUAUAUCUGGCUGAUAGUGGUGUCAGGGAAGUGUGGUCUAUAUAUCUGGCUGAUAGUGGUGUCAGGGAAGUGUGGUCUAUAUAUCUGACUGGUAGUGGUGUCAGGGCAGUGUGGUCUAUAUAUCUGACUGGUAGUGGUGUCAGGGCAGUGUGGUCUAUAUAUCUGACUGGUAGUGGUGUCAGGGUGAUGUGGUCUAUAUAUCUGACUGAUAGUGGUGUCAGGGCAGUGUGGUCUAUAUAUCUGACUGAUAGUGGUGUCAGGGCAGUGUGGUCUAUAUAUCUGACUGAUAGUGGUGUCAGGGCAGUGUGGUCUAUAUAUCUGACUGGUAGUGAUGUCAGGGCAGUGUGGUCUAUAUAUCUGGCUGGUAGUGGUGUCAGGGCAGUGUGGUCUAUAUAUCUGACUGGUAGUGGUGUCAGGGCAGUGUGGUCUAUAUAUCUGGCUGAUAGUGGUGUCAGGGAAGUGUGGUCUAUAUAUCUGACUGGUAGUGGUGUCAGGGCAGUGUGGUCUAUAUAUCUGACUGAUAGUGGUGUCAGGGCAGUGUGGUCUAUAUAUCUGACUGAUAGUGGUGUCAGGGUGAUGUGGUCUAUAUAUCUGACUGAUAGUGGUGUCAGGGCAGUGUGGUCUAUAUAUCUGGCUGAUAGUGGUGUCAGGGCAGUGUGGUCUAUAUAUCUGGCUGAUAGUGGUGUCAGGGCAGUGUGGUCUAUAUAUCUGGCUGAUAGUGGUGUCAGGGCAGUGUGGUCUAUAUAUCUGGCUGAUAGUGGUGUCAGGGCAGUGUGGUCUAUAUAUCUGACUGAUAGUGGUGUCAGGGCAGUGUGGUCUAUAUCUGGCUGAUAGUGGUGUCAGGAUAGUGUGGUCUAUAUAUCUGACUGAUAGUGGUGUCAGGGCAGUGUGGUCUAUAUAUCUGACUGAUAGUGGUGUCAGGGCAGUGUGGUCUAUAUAUCUGGCUGAUAGUGGUGUCAGGGCAGUGUGGUCUAUAUAUCUGACUGAUAGUGGUGUCAGGGCAGUGUGGUCUAUAUAUCUGGCUGAUAGUGGUGUCAGGGCAGUGUGGUCUAUAUAUAUAUCUGGCUGAUAGUGAUGUCAGGGCAGUGUGGUCUAUAUAUCUGACUGAUAGUGGUGUCAGGGCAGUGUGGUCUAUAUAUCUGACUGAUAGUGGUGUCAGGGCAGUGUGGUCUAUAUAUCUGACUGAUAGUGGUGUCAGGGCAGUGUGGUCUAUAUAUCUGACUGAUAGUGGUGUCAGGGCAGUGUGGUCUAUAUAUCUGGCUGAUAGUGGUGUCAGGGCAGUGUGGUCUAUAUAUCUGGCUGAUAGUGGUGUCAGGGCAGUGUGGUCUAUAUAUCUGGCUGAUAGUGGUGUCAGGGCAGUGUGGUCUAUAUAUCUGACUGAUAGUGGUGUCAGGGCAGUGUGGUCUAUAUAUCUGGCUGAUAGUGGUGUCAGGGAAGUGUGGUCUAUAUAUCUGACUGAUAGUGGUGUCAGGGCAGUGUGGUCUAUAUAUCUGACUGAUAGUGGUGUCAGGGCAGUGUGGUCUAUAUAUCUGGCUGAUAGUGGUGUCAGGGCAGUGUGGUCUAUAUAUCUGACUGAUAGUGGUGUCAGGGCAGUGUGGUCUAUAUAUCUGGCUGAUAGUGGUGUCAGGGAAGUGUGGUCUAUAUAUAUAUCUGGCUGAUAGUGAUGUCAUGGCAGUGUGGUCUAUAUAUCUGACUGAUAGUGGUGUCAGGGCAGUGUGGUCUAUAUAUCUGACUGAUAGUGGUGUCAGGGAAGUGUGGUCUAUAUAUCUGACUGAUAGUGGUGUCAGGGCAGUGUGGUCUAUAUAUCUGACUGAUAGUGGUGUCAGGGCAGUGUGGUCUAUAUAUCUGACUGAUAGUGGUGUCAGGGCAGUGUGGUCUAUAUAUCUGACUCCGUUGUUUCUUCUCUCUCU